CCCGCGCCAGCCCCGCGCCCCCGGCCGCCCUCCGCGCUUCUCUCGGCCCCGCCCCGCCGCCCCUCCGCCCAAUGAAACUGGCCGCGAUGAUCAAGAAGAUGUGCCCGAGCGACUCGGAGCUGAGUAUCCCGGCCAAGAACUGCUACCGCAUGGUCAUCCUCGGCUCGUCCAAGGUGGGCAAGACGGCCAUCGUGUCGCGCUUCCUCACGGGCCGCUUCGAGGACGCCUACACGCCCACCAUCGAGGACUUCCACCGCAAGUUCUACUCCAUCCGCGGCGAGGUCUACCAGCUGGACAUCCUCGACACGUCCGGCAACCACCCGUUCCCGGCCAUGCGGCGCCUCUCCAUCCUCACUGGAGACGUUUUCAUCCUGGUGUUCAGCCUGGACAACCGCGACUCUUUCGAGGAGGUGCAGCGGCUCAAGCAGCAGAUCCUCGACACCAAGUCUUGCCUCAAGAACAAAACCAAGGAGAACGUGGACGUGCCGCUGGUCAUCUGCGGCAACAAGGGUGACCGGGACUUCUACCGCGAGGUGGAGCAGCGCGAGAUCGAGCGGCUGGUGGGCGACGAUCCCCAGCGCUGCGCCUACUUCGAGAUCUCGGCCAAGAAGAACAGCAGCCUGGACCAGAUGUUCCGGGCGCUCUUCGCCAUGGCCAAGCUGCCCAGCGAGAUGAGCCCGGACCUGCACCGCAAGGUGUCGGUGCAGCACUGCGACGUGCUGCACGGCAAGGCGCUGCGGAACAAGAAGCUGCUGCGCGCCGGCAGCGGCGGCGGGGACCCGGGCGACGCCUUCGGCAUCGUGGCGCCCUUCGCGCGCCGGCCGAGCGUGCACAGCGACCUCAUGUACAUCCGCGAGAAGGCCAGCGGCGGCGGCCAGGCCAAGGACAAGGAGCGCUGCGUCAUCAGCUAGGAGCCCCCGCGCCCGCGCCCGCGCCCGCGCCGCCGCCCGAGGAGGGCCCGUUUGUGUACGAGUCACGUCCGACGUCCGGGCCGGCCCCGCGCCCCGCGCGCGCCGCCCGGCGUCUCCCCGCCCCGGGGGGGCGCAGACGAAGGGACGGUCAUCGGCCCUGGAAGGAAGGAGAACUGGCUCAGGCCGGGACUGCGCCCCCCUCUCGCGUCCCCCGCUGGCGCCUGCCUGCCCCGCGCCUUGGGGGCGCAUGCCCGGCAGAGGGGCAAUUCGGACAAAGACAAGAAUGGGGAGGGGGGCAGAAGUUAAUCAGCCUCCGUUAGGCUUUGGGGAACUUGUCCUGCCCUCCCCCCGCCCCCGAGGGUCAAGACGGGACAAUGCGGCAUUAGCUUGUCUGUGAUUCUGGGUUGACAGCUAUCGGAAGCCUCUGCCCUCCCGAAACUAGGGGGUGCGGGUCAGAUCAUAGCCAAGUGACUUGUUUACAUGUGUGUGUGUGAAGUUGCACGAAGGAAAACACUGACACACAACUUGCACUUUAAUAGUUCUGAGGUCAUCAUGGACACGAACAAACCCUUACCCAGCUGUUUGUACUGUGUGUGAGACCGUCUUUAAAGUUAUUGUUUUUUUUUUAUAAUACAAAAUAAAAUAAUUUAAAACAGAA